AAUGGAGUAAUAUCAUUGGGGAAUGGAAUUGAUGACACGAGCCCAUAAUGCGAAUCGCUUAGGGGAAUUCUUGGAGAAAGGAGUUGAUUUUGAUUGGAGCAAGGUUGAGAACUAGUGA